AUGGAUUAUCAAAAGCUUUUCGGUGCUACUCUUGCUUCUAAGAACGGACCUGUGCCAACUUCGGACCUGGCUGGAAAAGUGGUCGGUCUUUACUUCUCUGCACAUUGGUGCCCUCCUUGCCGUAUGUUUACUCCCAAGCUUCGUCAGACUUACCUUCAGCUGAAGGCUGCUGGAAAGGACUUCGAAGUGGUGUUCUGCAGCUUCGAUCGAAGCCAGAGAGACUUUGAGGAGUAUUUCGGAACCAUGCCUUGGUUGGCUGUUCCUUUUGAUCGAGAGGAUCUUCGUCAGUCUCUUGGAAACACGUUUGAUGUCUCUGGAAUUCCCACUUUGCUCUUGAUGGAUGAGUCGGGUGUGUAUAAUAGUGAUGGAAGAACCUCUGUUAUGAUGAAUCCUCAGGGUUUCCCAUGGAAAUAA